ACGGGCAAGCGGAGAGCGAGCUGCUGUGGAGAGAGAGAGAGAGAGGGGAAAGAGAGAGAGGAGAGAGAGGAGAGAGCGGAGACGAGUUAACGUACUCGCUCAACUCCACUCACUCAGAGAGUGCAGAGAGAGAGAGAGUUGUAAAGGAUUGAGAACGGACAGGAACGGUAACAGUUGCACUUGCGGAUAGGGAUAUUUGCACACCACGUUUGUGCCAUCCGAUGGCUUUUUAAUGCAACGUGACUUUACGCCGUUGUAACUUUCACGGGCUGAUAGAAGAGUCUGCGCGUAUUUUGAUUUGGCGAAGGUUGGUGUACGCCAGUUGUGAGUUGUGCGCGUGUGUUAUUGUCUGUGAGCAGAUGUGGCGUUUGAAGAGGUGUAUUUAUGAGUGAAGGAGUGUAUCUAUAGCCUGCUCUCUGCAGUAACACACGGGGUGACCGCUUUUAGAGUGAACUUUUGAGAACUUUUUUGUUUUUCCCACCAGCGGGUCGCGUAACCUUAAAGCACGGAACUCAGAACACGCGGCAAGAGAGAUUGAUCGAGCAAAGCCAAUCGGCAGGCAAAGACAAGAGAUUUUGUUUUGAUAUUUAACUUAUUCAUUUAAUUUAUUUUUUGACACGGCACAAAUUCGUGCUUCAUUUCGUCGCAGUAGCAGCAGUCUUAGCGCCUUCGCUCGUGUUUUUGUUGUUUUGCAACUUUACACGGGCAGCCACGACGAAGCGUCGUCCCUGACGCUGAAGAUCCACGCAUCAACGUUUGCCUUUGAAUCGUAAAGAUGCUCGCGACCGGCGUCUGCGUGUUGCUUCUGGUCUCUGCCACGAGCGCCACUGCACUUCGUAGCGACGUGACGCUGCCCAGACGCGCGAGCCCAGACGGGCAGCACUUGGGUCCCGGACAGCGCCACUUCGAGCCGGUCACGGGCUCCAUGUCGACCUCGUCCUCUCCUUCCCUGCCCGCCCCUCCGCUCCUCUACGCGCUCUCCGCCUUCGGCCGCCGCUUCCAAAUCUCGCUGCUGCGGCCCGAAGCGUCGUUGCUGGGGCCCGCGCUCAACGCCCAUCACCGCGGCGACGGUGCUCGCUGCUUCUACUCGGGCACCGUGCGGGAUGUAAGCGGCCGCGGCGAGGAGGAGGAGGAGGAGGAGAUGGAUCGUCGUGGUCUCGGUGUGGAUCUGGAUCGAGACGGGAGCGGAGAGGCCGUUCUCAGCGUGUGCGGGGGACUGAGCGGUUCGUUCCAACACGGCGGGCGCGUGUACGCGAUCAGGCCCUUGGUAGGGAACCACCGCGAGGAGGGGCAGGAGGAUGAGGGUACGGGAGUGGGGCCACACUUGAUCACGCGAAGCGAGGUGGCGGGUGGUGGUGAUCGGGAACACAACCGCCAGCACCGCCACCACUACGACGACGCUGCUGAUGCUGACGAUGCUGCUGCUGCUGAAGCCGUGGCUGAUGUUAACGACCCAUCUGAAGCUGACGCUGAUGAUGGUGAUAACAAAAAUAAUAACAAUGCUGACGAUAAUGCCGCCGCUAAGGAAGACGACCACCUGAUCGGCGAUAGAGACAGCAUUGCCGGAGAACUCGGUAAGGGUAACCAUGACGACGUUGAUGAAGACAACGACGAUGACGACGACUACAACGAUGAAUCAGAAGACGGUGACAUCGCGGGAGAGCGCCCCCCUUCGUCAUUCUCCUCGGCGGCUGCUCCGGCGCUGGCUCCGGUGCGCACCCGUCGCUUCGUGUCGACGCUGCGCUACCUCUCGGUGCUGCUCGUGGCGGACGAGGGCAUGGCGCUGGCUCACGGCGCACGCCACGUGGAGCGGUACCUCCUGGACGUGGCGGCCCGCGCCGCGCGCCUCUUCUCGCACGCCAGCCUCGACAACGCCGUGCGACUCAGCGUGGCCGGUGUCGUGGUGCUGCAGCAGCAGCAGCAGCAGCAACAACGUCGCCACGGCUCCAGGGGAGGACCUCCGGCCGUCUCGAGCAGCGGAGGACUCACCCUGCGCAACUUCUGCGAGUGGCAGAAAUCGCUGCGGAGGGCGGGAGGCGCUGGGGCGGAGCAUUUCGACACGGCUGUACUCUUCACCAGAGUGGAUAUCUGUGGCGCGUCGGACUGCAGCACGCUGGGGGUGGCCGACGUGGGCACCGUGUGCGACCCGGCCAGGAGCUGCGCCGUCAUCGAGGACGACGGCGUGCAGACGGCCUUCACCCUGGCGCACGAGCUCGGCCACCUGCUCGGCCUCCCGCACGACGACAGCAAGCAGUGCGGCGGCAACGGCGGCGCCCCGCUGGGCUCCGUGGCGACGGCGGCGCACAUCAUGGGCGAGACGCUCACGCGGGUCGAGCCCUCGCGGCCCUGGUCCACGUGCAGCGCACGCCACCUCACCGACUUCCUGGACAACGGGCACGGCGACUGCCUCAAGGAGAACCUGAAGCACAGCAAGUCGCUGCCGCUGCCAGCGCUGCCGCAGGGGGCCUUGCUCUCGCACGACGCUCAGUGCCGGGCCGUGUUCGGCUCGGACUUCCGCCACUGCGCGCUGCCCGGCGAGGUCCCGUGCCUGGCGCUGUGGUGCCGCAAUGUGUCGGCGGUCCUCGCCUCCGCCAGCGAGUUCCUGGGCUGCCAGACGCGGCACUCGAACUGGGCCGAGGGCACGGCCUGCGGGCAGGACAGCGAGUGCUCCGAUGGGCAGUGCGUCGCCUCGCUCAGCCUCGUGCAGGUGCCGGUGGACGGCCAGUGGGGCGAGUGGGGCGCGUGGAGCGAGUGCUCGCGCUCCUGCGGCGGCGGGGUGCAGCUCUCCUCCCGGGGCUGCGACGCGCCCGAGCCCCGGCACGGAGGCGCCUACUGCGUGGGGCAGCGCGUGCAGUACCGCUCCUGCAGCACCCUCGCCUGCGGGGACGCGCACUCCGCAGACGGGAAGAGCUUUCGCGACGAGCAGUGCGAGGCCUUCAACGCGCCGGCUCAGAAUGGCAGCGGCGGCCUCUUCCCCGGCGGCUUCCACCCCACGGGGGGCAGCAGCGGGGGCAGCACCCACUGGCGCUCUAAGUACGCCGGCGUGGCGAAGCGGGACCGCUGCAAGCUCGUGUGCCAGCUCGGAGGCAGCGACGUGUUCGCGAUGCUGCGGCACAAGGUGGUGGACGGUACCCCGUGCUGGCCCGACAACUCCGGGGUGUGCGUCCAGGGCAAGUGCGUGCGCGCCGGCUGCGACCACGUGAUCGGCUCCAGGAGCAAGGCGGACAAGUGCGGCGUGUGCGGUGGGAACGGCUCCACGUGCCGCAAGGUGUCCGGCUCCUUCAACCACGCCAGAAUCUACGGCUACAACACUGUGGUCACCAUUCCGGCCGGCGCCACCAGCGUGGAGGUGAAGCAGCGCGGGCGGCGCGGCGGCGCGCCCAGCAGCACCUACCUGGCGGUGCGGGGGGCCGCGGGGGGCCCCUACCUGAUGAACGAGCGGGACAUCCCGCUGCCCGGCGGGGCGCUGCUCCUCUACAGCGGCUCGUCGGGCUCGCUGGAGAGGCUGCAGAGCUACGGCACGCUGCGCGAGCCCGUCACCGUCCAGGCGCUGUCGCUCGACCCCAGCGUGCCGAUCGGCAUCAAGUACUCGUUCUUCGUGCCCAAGGGGGCGGCCGCGGCGGCGGCGGCGGCCGCGGCCUCCUCCUCCUCCGGCGGGCGCAAGGCCAAGGAGGCCAAGGGCCACGUGGGGCAGAAGGCCCCAAAGCGCGUCGGGAAGAACACAUGAGCGCCGCGGGGUUCUCGCGGUCGCGCUCGGCGGCGGGCGGUGGGGGGGGUGUGGGUAGGAUGGUGGCGGGGAGAGGUGCGAGCGAGCGGGCGGGGGAACCGAACUCGAUUACUCGAAGGAGCUCCCGGCGUGCAGAGCGUCGAAACGUCGGACGUCGUGCCAAACGACGCACGGCGCGACCCCCGAGAUGCGGAGACGCGCGUCCACCGCGUGCCGCUCAGGAGCGGCGGGGAGGAGGGGGGGGAGAAGGAGUUUGUGGCAGAGCGAAGAUGGACGGACGCGGACACAAGUGCCUUCGCAGAUGUUGUUGGGGCGGCAAAGGACAGGACGAAGUUUGGGGGGGGGGGAUUCUGCAAUGUCCCCCCACCGACCUGCACUGGACGAGGCGGGCGCUCGCUACGGGACGCCGCCGCCGCCGCGUUGGGGCUGGACGAGGUUUGAAGACGAGGAGGGGACGAGGUUUGAAGACGAGGAGGGGACGAGGUUUGAAGACGAGGAGGGGACGGGACGGUUCCUCGGAGUUCAGCCGACCAGGUUUUUCGCAGCCGCCGAGUGGACGGCCGCAGAUCCCGGUGGACGCCACCGACGACGCGAAAGUUGUACGCGUGUGUUUUUGUUGUUGUUUUUACUUUUUGGUGACCAACGUUUGACGGGACCUCAAAGGCUCGGCCCACGUUGGCCACGUGAUCGGGUUGUACGUCAGUAUUGUGUUUAAACCCGAGCAAACACAUACACACACGCAGGCACACAAACACAAACAAACUUCAACACACACAGACAUAAACACAAACACACGCUGCCGAAUGCUCACGAGCACAUCCACCCACGCAAAGACAAAGACACACCCACCCACCCUCCCACGCACACCCACAAAGACACUCGUUUGCGCACACACGCACGCACACAGACACAUACACAGACACCCACACACACAGACACACACGCACACAGACACGCACACAGACACCCACGCACACACCCACGCACACAGACACACACACAGACACAUACACAGACACUCACGCACACAGACACCCACACAGACACAUACACAGACACCCACACACACAGACACACACGCACACAGACACGCACACAGACACCCACGCACACACACACACCCACGCACACACACAUACACAGACACACACACAGACACCCACGCACACACCCACGCACACAGACACACACACAGACACCCACAGGUGAUAGUUGGUGGCGGCUGCCGCGCGCGCGGCUCAGGUCGCCGCCGGCACGGAGCGACCGACAGUUGUUGUUGUUGUUCUGGUGGUGGUGUCUUUAACGAGGUUCACGCGAGGCAGGGAGGGGGCUGGUGGGGAGGCGAGAUUCACUAACACGUCGACGCGACGGUCCCUGCACUGGGAACGCGCCCAGGCUUAGAUGUCGAACCUGAACGGCUCGGGAGGUGACGAGCUGGGAGGGACCCCGGGUCCCCGCAGCGAUACUAACACGUUUUGAGGAACAACGCAAACAGCUCUCGUCUUGUGUACGUUCGUGACGACGAC